AUGGUGAUCGCUCAGGAGGAGAGGAACAUUAUCGAUGGAAGCGAGACCAUCGUCUUCAAUAGGUUUGGAAAUCUAUUCAUAGCCUUUGUUGUGGAGGAUGAAAACGAGAUGUAUGUGCUUUCUUUGAUAAACAAUCUCAUGUCGAUCUAUGAUAGGUUCUUUACCAAGGUCUGUGAGUUGCAUUUCAUAUACAAUUUCAAGGAAACACACAUAAUUUUGGACAACUACAUAGUGAAUGGAAAAUGCAUUGAAAAUGAUCCAUUUGAGGUGAUAAAGCAUGCAUAUUAUAUAAAGUAG